AAACGACAAGUUUGUCCAGUCAGACUGAGCCGCAAACCAGCAACUCCAGCGGCAGCAACCGCUCUCCUCUGUUUCAGGAUGUUGUCCCGGGACUCUUGUUCAGUAUUUGGACAUCGUGUGGUGGAGCUCCACCGCAGACUUUGGAAAUAAUUCCUCUCUUUUCUUCGGGAAACUUUGGCGGCUCCGUGGCUAAUGAAGAACAGCUAGUUAAGCGAAGCGAAGAUUAGCUAACGAAGCUAACAACCAAUGAGAGGAGUUUUUCCUGCAGGUUUAUUUGACCAUCUUCAGCUCUGUAACGAUGUUCUAGCUCUUCAUAACCAGCACGCGUAGUUUGGGACGUCCAUAUGCCGUUUAAAAGCCGCAAUGGAGCUCUGCAACACGGCUCAUUUGUUUUGGGGGUUGACACCAGUGUUGUUAUCAGCUGCGGGAGAUUGCUUUCAUUGAUUUCGCCGUUCCUUGAUCAAAUAUUAUGAGGUUGCCGGGAUAUUUCUCAGAGGAGGCGUGAUUGUUUUGGGUUUUUUUUUUCUUUCAAAGAAUGUCCGACUUUGAAAGUUCAUAUUUCGGUUUGGAGGAUCCGCAGUGGCUGUGCAUGGUCACGCUUUUCUUGGCAUCUCUGGUCACCGUGAUACUGUAUUUCGUGCAGUAUUUCCAACAACGAGCCGCUGUAGGAAAUAAGCAGACAUCAGCAGCAGAAGCAGAGGACAAUGCGGCGAAGGAGGAAGCCGCGGCUCUGCUGGGAUGGGCGCUGUCACUGAAAAGCUGGAAAAGUCAGUGGAGAGGAGCUUGGUGCAGGGCUCUGAAUGAGCAGUCCAGGAGGCGUGGGAGUCCGGUUCUGUUGACAUUUGAAGACGAUGAUGUUGAGGCAUCGGAGCUCAUGCUCAGCCAAGUGUCCAGCUUUCAGAAGUCUGCUGGAAACAAGGCCGCCUGCUGCAGUGUUGUUGGGGAGAAGCUCCAGUUCUCUGUCAGCGCAGCAUCGACAGCCACGGCCACAGCAGAUCCUUGUAAAUACACAGUGUGUAUAUCUCCACUGGAGCUGCAGCUCGAUCUGCAGAUGCAGGAAGCUGAAGACAUGGUCAGGGUGAGCUGGGGAGUGUCUCACCUGGAGACAGGGGAGCUGCAGGUGACGCCAGCUUUUAACCAGGUCAAUGCCAACACUCCCAGCGUUGCAGCCAUAAAGGAGCAGCUGAGGCAGCUGUUAUGUGCGACGCGUCCCUCUGUGCUGCUGAGCUGCAGGCCUGCUCAGGCCUCAGAGGUCAAGGAAGCAAGCAACAACGUGGUUUCACCCCCAAAGCCCCCCCGCGCCCACGACUGGAAGCUGCUGGUGAAAAACAUCCGGGUGACACUGAACCAGGAAGAGGAUGCUGCAGGCAGCGUGAAUCCUCUGUGUGUGCUGCAGUUAGACGAUCCUCCGCAGAGGUUCAACACUUCUGUUUCGAAGAACACAACCAAUCCUGCCUGGGACCAGCCCUUUAUCUUUGAAUUGAAUGGACGAUCAAAAGAGCUCAAUAUUCAGUUGAUGAAUGAUGGACAACCUCAAGAGAAUUCGUUACUUGGUCAGGUGUCAGUGCCUUUUGAUCUUGUAAAGAAGCAGCCCAAAGGACAGCAAACGUUUGCACUCAUGACCAAAGACGAAGUGACCGGAUCACUUACUACUGAUUUUACCUACCUGGAGCCCAGUGAGGUGAGGUCCUGGCACCCUCCCACCCCAGCCUCCAACAAGAGAGUGGAGAUGGACCGUACAGUCAUGCCCUGCGGCACGGUGGUCACCACCGUCACCGCGGUGAAGAGCAAGCCGGGUCGACCUCUGCCUCUCAACAUAGAUCCCGCCCAAAAAGCGGUGGCCAACAAGCCCAAGCUAUCGGAGCGCCGCGUAUCAGAGCAGGCGUCUAUGAUGGGGUCUACAGUCAGCAAGGCCCUGUCCUCCUCUGACACCGAGCUGCUGAUGCUCAACGGCACGGACCCGGUGGCCGAGGCCGCCAUCAGGCAACUCCACCAGUCGGCCAAGCAGAAGCUCAAGUCCCCGGUGAAGAAGAGCACCAUCAUCAUCUCCGGCAUCGCCAAAACGCCCUUGUCUCAGGAUGAUGAGCUGGCUCUGAUGGCGGGCUACGCUGCAGCGAUGGACGCCUCGAUGUCGGAGGGCAGCUCCACUCAGGAUGUGACCACGGCGAUCGCGACGGGGGCCAGUAGCCCUCCAGAUGAGUCCGAGCCCCAGGAGGGCCCCAGUGGAAUAGGCCGACCUCCAGAGGACUGGGAGAGCCAAACCGGAGAGGAGCUGGACCAUUCGUCACUGUCCAUGUGUGUGUCUGAGGCGAGCUGCAAGAAGAGAAGAGGCAGCUUCUUUCAGAAGAGUGCCAGGCUCUUCUUCCGGCGGCGUCACCAGCGCAAGGACCCGGGGAUGAGCCAGUCGCACAAUGACCUGGUUUACCUGGAGUCUCCGGCCGCAGUGGAGCGGGCCAGCCGAACAGCCACGCUUAGCCGCAUGCUCAACCGCAAGAGUAGGAACAAGAGCAAAGCCAACGGCUCUACCUCCACGGGGGAGCCACAUGCGUGACCCCGCCCUCCUCUUCCUCACCUCAAUCCCUCCUACAACAACUACCAUCACCACCUCCACCUCAGACUUGCACUGGCUAACCUGCUCCCCCUAACGCCCGACCUGCAUACCGGGGCGCCUGCAUUGUGAAUGGGAAAGCUGUGCAGAUGGAAAAAAAUAUCCUCUCUGAACUGCCGUUUUCUGCUUCCGUUAAGAAGCAGAUACUCCACCAAAAGCAAGUGUGUGCUCGUGUGAAUGAGGGUCUCCUGUCUGGGAUUUAUGGCAUUUGAGAGGAUAUUAUUUUUGCAUGUUUCUUUUUAUCUAAUUUUAUGCAACAUUUUUGAAAUCUUUUAAGUGCUUUUGUGGCCUUCUUCCCGACAGAAGGGACUGGUGUGGGCUGUCGCUCUUAACCUCACUGACGCUGAGGCUGAAGAGUAAAUUCUCCCUGCUGUAAAUCCGUACAUUUCCUACGGCGGAGCAACAGGACCAAAGAUGAAGAGAAGAGUGGUGUUUGUAUGAUUUGCACAGUUGUAGUAUCUUUAUUUAAAGUGCAAUGACGGGAGCUACUCUUGUGAUAGAGAUUCUUGUUAAAAACAUUUACAAAGGGAGAUGAUCUUUUUCUCUGCACAACCGGUGCAGGUGAGAGAAAGUAAUACGACUACUUUUUGACACUAAUACUAUGAAAUGAGGUAUUUAUAUCAAUUCAUUUAGAAUCCUUGUGAUUUUAUUCAACAUAAAACAAGAGCAGCUGUAUGUAAUGUGCAUAAAAAAAGCUGUAAAACAAAUCUAUCCAUAAAACUUAUCAUGCAACAUGUUAUCACCCUUCCAAAUGGAAAAAAAGAGGCACGGUGGCUAAAAUGAAACUUUAGCUAUAUGUGAGUGUUUUCAAACGAUAUGCAACUUUGUCUUCCUAAAAGAAAAAAUCUAUUCUUCCUGUACACUACUGUUAUCAGCAGGGUUGUUAAUGUGUCAAAAGGGAACUGAACGAACUUUUAUCCAGGGACUGUGACGUUACACUCGGCCAUACUUGUCGCAUUUAUCCUUUUAUUGGAUGUUUUAUUGUUUUUAAAAGAUUUGAACAAGUGUGAACACCUUUUUGAUAGGGAUGUCCCGAUCAAGUUUUUACGCCCCCGAUCCGAAUCAUUUGAGUAUUUGUUGAUACAGAGUCCUGAUCCGAUACUUGUGUUUACACUGAUAAUAUGGUUGCACAAUUCACACUUCAAGUACUUUAAAGUUGUUAAAAUGAGUCCAGUGUAUAUGCUUUCUGUGUAAUAGCUCUGCAAUGCUAUAUAAGACAAAAAUUCAGCAUCUAAACUGAGUUUUUUUUUAUUUUAUUUUUACAAAAUAACAAAGUAAACAAAAUAUUUUAGAUGGCUCUUACCACAAAUCAACUUAGCGCAGCAUUAUUUUAUUCAACAAACUAACAAAGUAAAAUACGUCUUUAGAAAUAGCUCUCCAAUCCACAUAGUGCAGCAUUUGUUGCUGUUUUUGGAUUUUUUUCAACAAAAUAAAGUAAAAUAUGUCUUUAGAAAUUGCUCUCAGUUCCACAUAGUGCAGCAUUUGUUUAUUCAACAAAAUAACAAAGUAAACAAAUUAAAAUGUGUCUUCAGAAAUCCAAAUCCACUUAGUGCAGCAUUGUAAUAAAUGUACAGAACACUAUAAAUGAGUAAUAUAAUCACAAUUUUAUUUCAAAGUAAUGUUAUAGCUUAACUUUAACAUUCCCAGUCACAAAAGUAAAUUAAAAAUCAUCAUAAUAGUGAUUAUUUCACCAUUAGAGUAAAACCAGUUCACUAAAAAAUAAAGAAUAAAGAAAAAAGUUAAAUUCCACUUAAAGUUGUGCAGCAACUUAAACUGAACAUGAAAAAAACAGUUUCUACUUGUUUGAGUAGCAGUGUUACAUUAAAACCUGAACAUCUGCCACAGAUCGUGCUCUGCGUUUAAGACGCCUGUGUGACUGCGGACGUAAACAGAGGGUCAGGCGGGGUCAAAUAACUAAUCCUGAUCAAUUCAAAAACACACUGAUCGGACUCGAUACCAAUCCUCCAGACCUUAUCGGGACAUCCCUACUUUAGGAGCAACCAAAUAGUUUGGCUGCUUCUUUUUUUUAUCCAGCUAAUGAUUGUAUUUUGUUUUUGUAAGCAGCUUGUUGAAGACAUGUCUCUGUCCAUCAUGUCAACUACUGUUUCCUCAGUAAGUUUCGGAUGCAGCUGUGACAGACAGAAAUAACAGAUUGCCUUAUGGUUGUUCUGACGUCACGGCUGGACUUGACGUGGCUUUUUGGUUCCACCAUCGCACCAGAGGCCUGUGGCCAACUGUUGGAAACGGCUCUGCGAGACGAGGACGCCACCGCGCUCCUGCGCCAUCAGCAUAAUCAAGAAGCCUAUGCACAUAACAUAUCUGUUAACUGAGUGUUUACAUUAUUAGACUAUCUGAGGAUUAAAAACACUCACUGUUCAUGACACUGUCCUGCAGAAACAGUGUGGGUUGUCUUUGUGUCUCUGUAUUUACAGUAUGUGGUAGAGAUUCAGAGAUUCAGACGUAGAAUCACCUUUAAACUCUUGAGGAAGGGAGGGGGAAACGAGCCCUCGCUUAAAGCAGCCUGCAAGCAUCGGCUGCAGUUAUGCAUCCAGUGAGCAGUCUCGGCUGUAUGUGAUUAAUAAACUGCUUCCUGAUGAUUUUUGUUUUGUUUUUUAAUGGCAUCUGCUCUGUGCACAGAAACAGAUGUAGCUGUUGUUGCAGAAUGUCAGUUAUUUCCCUGCAGGGAUUGUAACUAAUACACAUAUCGAGUUAUUUCAUUUUCAGCAAUAAAUAUUGAUUGAAUAA